CAAGACAAGUAGACUAUAACACCUCUACACUGCUUCUUCUUUUUUCUCUUAAAUCAUAUUCAUAUUAUUCUUACUCAGAAAAUUAAGGAGCAAAUCAAAUCAAAUUAAAAUUCACAAACAUGGUGUUACAGAACGACAUAGAUUUGCUGAACCCGCCGGCGGAGUUGGAGAAGAGGAAGCAUAAACUGAAAAGAUUGGUGCAGACUCCGAACUCGUAUUUCAUGGACGUAAAGUGCCAAGGUUGCUUGUUCAUUACAACUGUGUUCAGCCAUUCUCAGACUGUGAUUAUGUGCCCUAGUUGUAAGACCGUUAUUUGUCAGCCUACUGGUGGUAAAGCUAGGCUUACUGAGGGUUGCUCCUUUCGCCGAAAGGCAGAUUAAUAUGUUCUUAAUCUGGAGGAUUUUUGUUUAUUAGGGAAAUAAAGAUGUGAUGAUUAAUUAGGGUUUUUUUUUCAGAUGUAUCAAUGGGGAAUUAAUUGUUUAUUUAUGUGUCCAUGAGAGUUCUUGGGAAAUUAAAUUUUGAAUCUUUGUUAUUUGUUUAUGCUAUUGAUCAUCAUGUUUCUGGCCAAUUUUCUUCACAAA